UCGGCGCGGCCGCAGCCAUCUUGGUGUGAGAGAAACAAUAGGACGGAAGCGCCGCGGAACCGGGCCGAGGCCGCAGUGACUGUGCCUUAUUUGUUGUACAACUUCACUGGAAGUCCAGGUCAUGGAGGAAAUGAUUUUCCUUCCAUGUCAUCUUGCCUGAGACACCAGCAUUGUUGAAGAGGCCUUCUGCAUGUGCUCAGCACCAACCCUUGGCCUUUAUUUGCUCUGCCUGCAAAAAGAUGGCGAGCGUCCUGCCCCGCACAGCUGAGGAACUGAGGCCUGAUAGAGGGACACACGCACGGAUAGACAACAGACGGAGGACGCGCUGGCCUCUGGACCCUGCCGCCUCCCCCUUCUCCCGGCCGCCUGCGCCUGGAGGAUGAGCCCAGCCUUCAGGGCCAUGGACGUGGAGCCCCGCACCAAGGGCGUCCUCCUGGAGCCCUUUGGCCACCAGGUCGGGGGUCACUCCUGCGUGCUCCGCUUCAACGAGACGACCUUGUGCAAGCCCCUGGUCCCAAGGGAGCACCAGUUCUACGAAACCCUCCCGGCUGAGAUGCGCAAAUUCACUCCCCAGUACAAAGGUGUAGUAUCUGUGUGCUUUGAAGAAGAUGAAGACAGAAACUUGUGUUUAAUAGCAUAUCCAUUAAAAGGGGACCAUGGAACUGUGGACAAUGUAGAUAAUUCAGACUGUGAACCAAAAAGUAAACUCCUAAGGUGGACAAACAAAAAACAUCAUGUCCUAGAAACGGAAAAGACCCCCAAGGACUGGGUGCGACAGCAUCGAAAAGAGGAGAAGAUGAAGAGCCAUAAGUUAGAAGAAGAAUUUGAGUGGCUGAAGAAAUCCGAAGUCUUGUACUACAGUGUAGAGAAAAAGGGGAAUGUAAGUUCCCAACUUAAACACUAUAACCCUUGGAGCAUGAAGUGUCACCAACAACAGUUACAGAGAAUGAAGGAGAAUGCAAAACAUCGGAACCAGUACAAAUUUAUCUUACUGGAGAACCUGACUUCCCGCUAUGAGGUCCCUUGUGUCCUGGACCUCAAGAUGGGUACACGCCAGCAUGGUGACGAUGCUUCAGAGGAGAAGGCAGCCAACCAGAUCCGCAAAUGCCAGCAGAGCACAUCUGCAGUCAUCGGUGUGCGUGUGUGUGGCAUGCAGGUGUACCAGGUGGGCAGUGGUCAGCUUAUGUUUAUGAACAAAUACCACGGACGGAAGUUGUCGGUGCAAGGCUUCAAGGAGGCACUUUUCCAGUUCUUCCACAAUGGGCGGUACCUGCGCCGUGAGCUCCUGGGCCCUGUGCUUAAGAAGCUUACUGAGCUUAAAGCAGUGUUGGAACGACAAGAGUCCUACCGCUUCUACUCAAGCUCCCUAUUAGUCAUCUAUGAUGGCAAGGAGUGGCCUGAGGUGGCCCUGGACUCAGAUGCUGAGGACUUAGAGGACCUGUCAGAGGAGUCAGCUGACGAGUCUGCUGGUGCCUAUGCCUACAAGCCUAUUGGCACCAGCUCAGUGGACGUGCGCAUGAUCGACUUUGCGCAUACCACCUGCAGGCUGUAUGGCGAGGACAGUGUGGUACAUGAGGGCCAGGAUGCUGGCUAUAUCUUUGGGCUCCAAAGCCUGAUAGACAUUGUCACAGAGAUAAGUGAGGAAAGUGGGGAGUGAGCUUGCUGGCUGCACCAGCACUUGAGAGACUCUGUGUCCCAGGCACAGCUGUGCUGCGUCGGGAAGGAGGCCAGUAUGGCCAGGUGGUGGCCCCUGCAGCCUGGAGCUGAUGUGCAGAGGCCUCUGUGAGUCCCAGCCUGAGCCAGCCCCAACCACGCUCGGAGUAUAUUUAUUUUAACUAUUUCUUCAACAUUCCACAUUUGAUGAUGCAGAUACCUCUUUCUUCCCUGAGUGAAAUGUUCUAAUACAAAUCUUUUUGUUAAUUGUA